AAUGAGAAAAAAAUAUUUGAGGUGAAACUGAAGGAAAUGAAAUCUGUUGCAACAACCCAGAUAUCAGAGGAAACUGAUAUAUCUGAGGUCAUUGAAACUGUCAAGCAACACGUUAAAGAUGCUAAAUUACCUGAUGUUGAGGUUGUGCGGAUGCUCUGGGAUGUAUUAAUGGAUGCGGUUCAGUGGUCUGGGAAGAACCAUGGGAAACUUGAGCUGGAACUCAUAUAUAAAGUCCAGAUGCAAUGCUAUGAGGAUGUCAAACUGAUGAAGCUGCUCCCUGAGAUCAUAAUAUUUCUCUAUGAUCAGGAUGUACUUGCAAAAGACACCAUUCUUCACUGGUUCCGCAAAGGAACAAACCCUAAGGGCAGACAAACAUUUGUGAAGGCCUUGGAACCCUUUGUGAACUGGCUGGAAGAAGCUGAAGAGGAGGAAUAAGUUGGACCUUGUUCCCCCGGUUUUAUCAGUCUGUAUCCAUUCUUGACAUGUAACUUGACAUAAGAUCUCAAGAUCCUUUGACAUUUGGUGUGAUGUGAACGUACCUUAUGGUGGAUUCCCCUGCAAUAAUCAGUUUCUCUAUAU